GCUGUCUGAGCCCCUCCGAGCUGUUGCCCCUCCCUAUGUUAUCUUUGCGUCUUGCACGACAACCCCCUAUCAACCACCUAACCUAUAGCCAUCAUUCACGAUGGGAGGCCAUCUAGUGACGGUUGCGACAUGCAACCUAAAUCAGUGGGUUCUCGACUGGGAGGGCAACCUGAACCGCAUCGUUGAGAGCAUCCACAUCGCAAAAGCGGCCGGUGCUCGGCUUCGUGUCGGUCCCGAGCUUGAAAUCACCGGCUACUCUGCCUUGGACCACUUCCACGAGCUUGAUGUCUACACCCACAGUCUGGAGAUGCUCAGCAUCCUGCUCCAGGAUGAGAGCACCCAUGGUAUUCUCCUGGACAUUGGCAUGCCCAUUCUGCACAGGAACCUCAGAUACAAUUGCCGGGUUAUUUGCCUCGACGGAAAGAUUCUCUUGAUCAGACCGAAAAUGUGGCUGGCCAAUGAUGGCAACUACAGGGAGAUGAGGCACUUUACCCCCUGGAUGCGCCCUAGAGAGACUGAGCUGUUCCACCUCCCCAAGAUGCUGGCUGAGCUCCAGGGUGAAACCCACGUCUUAUUUGGUGAUGCCGUUAUUUCCACCCCCGAGACUGCCUUUGGUGCCGAGACCUGUGAAGAGCUUUUCACCCCUAAAGCUCCGCAUAUCGACAUGGCUCUGGAUGGUGUGGAGAUCAUCACCAACAGCAGCGGCAGUCACUUCACCUUACGGAAACUCGACACUCGUCUUCAGCUGAUUAUGGAGGCCACCAGAAAGUCUGGUGGUGUAUACCUUUAUGCCAACCAACAAGGCUGCGAGUAAGUGUCUCUGAAGAGUCUGGGCCGCUGCGGCUAACAAGCACAGUGGCGAGCGCCUGUACUUUGACGGGUGUGCCAUGAUCAUAGUAAACGGCGAUAUUGUUGCCCAAGGAUCCCAGUUCGGUCUCAAAGACGUCGAGGUGGUCACCGCCACUGUCGACCUCGAGGAAGUCAGAUCAUAUCGAGCAGCCAUCUCCCGCGGUCUCCAAGCCGCGACCUCGGAUGCCAGGUAUCAAAGAAUUCAGACUCCAUUCGAGCUGGCCCCCGAAGAUGACGACGCCGAUAUCGAAAAGCGACCCACCCUCCCCAUGCAGCCCAGAAUGCACCCCGUCGAAGAAGAGAUUGCCCUCUCUGGCGGAUGCUACCUCUGGGACUACCUUCGCAGAUCCGGAACGGCAGGCUACCUCGUUCCCCUGAGCGGCGGUAUUGACUCGUGCGCUACCGCCGUGAUUGUGUAUUCCAUGUGCCGCAUCGUCAUGGAUGCCAUCGAGGAGGAAAAUCAACAGGUCAUUGAAGAUGUCAAACGACUUUGUCAAUACAGCCAGGGUGUGUUGCCCAAGACACCGCAAGAAUUGUGCAACCAAAUUUUCACCACCAUCUACAUGGGUAUGAAGAAGCAGAGCUCUCGUGACACUCGCCAGCGCGCAAAGGAUCUUGCCGAGGCCAUCGGGAGUCACCACGUCAACCUCGAUAUUGACGAGGUAUACGAGGCUCAGAAGAAGCUCGUCGUCAACACCCUCAAUUUUGAGCCUAGGUUCGAGGUGGAAGGGGGCAGCAACCAAGAAAACUUGACGCUGCAGUGCUUGCAAGCCAGAAUCAGAAUGGUAACAGCGUACGAGUUUGGGCAGAUCCUUCCAACCGCGCGCGGAAGACCAGGAGGCGGCAGCCUGCUCGUCCUCGGCAGUGCAAACGUUGGAGAGUCUUUGAGGGGAUAUCUGACCAAGUAUGACUGCUCGAGUGCGGAUAUCAACCCCAUCGGCUCCAUCGACAAGGCGGACUUGAAACGCUUCAUUGCAUGGGCCGAGAAAGAAUUCGACCUACCCUGCCUCCACGAAUUCCUGACGGCCGUUCCCACGGCCGAGCUGGAGCCCAUCACCGAGAACUAUGUUCAGAGUGAUGAAGCCGACAUGGGCAUGACGUACGAGGAGCUCACCACGUUUGGGCGCCUCCGCAAGCUCAACAAGCUCGGCCCGUUCGCCAUGUUCCAGCGUCUCGUCCACGACUGGAGCAUCGACCGGAAGCACGUCGAGGGCGAUACCGCGCCACACUACACGCCUGCUCAAGUUGCAGAGAAGGUGAAGAGGUUCUUCCACUUUUAUGCCAUCAACCGGCACAAGAUGACAACCUUGACCCCAGCCCUUCACUGUAAUGAUUAUUCACCGGACGACAACCGCUUUGAUCUCCGACCGUUCCUGUACCCUAACUUUUGGAAGAGCUGGUCCUUCAAGAGGAUUGAUAUGGAGCUGAAGAAGAUUGAAAAGAAGCGGGCCAGUAAGGGGAAGUAG